AUGCCUUCAUCAGUGCCUCACUUACCAAUCCAGCAACACCAUGUGCUGGAGAUAAAUGACCGAAAAUGGAUUGCACCAUGCGGUCUUGGAGGGCCGCUACACUUCUUCCGCCAUCCACGCUGGGCUUUCAAAAACGAUAUCCAAAUUCCAAUCCCUGCCUACUGCCCUGAGUUUCCAUUGGAAUUUACGCUGACACCUGAGCCAUUGCUGGUGAAUUGCUAUGUGAAAAAGGCGCCGCUUAUCUCUUAUGAUAGAAUUCGCGAUGGCCCUGAACCGGACUUGAUUGCCAAGUCUGUCCUAAUGGAAGGAGAAAUUUGCGAGAUCUUGAAAAAUUACCCUCAUCCAAAUAUUGCAACUUACUUGGGAUGCCAGGUUUCCGGUGGCAGAAUCACCGGUCUCUGCUUCGCUAAAUAUCGAUAUAUGCUGAUGCAGGAGGUCAAUCCUGAAAAUCUGAUGAAACGACAGUCGAGACGCUCACGUCAGAGCGUAAAGGAUUAUAGUGAUGUGAUAGCUGGGAUUAAGAGUAGUCUUAGACAUCUUCAUUCUUUAGGGCUUGUCCAUAACGAAAUCAACCCUAGAAACAUCAUGCUUGAUUAUGAAAAGGCUGUUAUCAUUGAUUUCGACUCUUGCCGGAGAAUUGGGGAAGAUUUAGAAGAUGUUGGUCGCACCUAUGAGUGGUUUGACGAAGCUCAAAAGCAGUCAAAUAUUGAGAAUGAUCUCAGUGCUUUGGAAGAAAUUAGAAUAUGGCUAGGUGAUGAUUCGAAGGAAUUUCAGUUUAGUGAAUAG